GAAGGCGGAGCUCAGGAAGCCGGGAUGGUUUCGGGGUGAGACUGCGGAGGUGUUGAGGGCCGAGCCCGGCAGGAGUAGAACCGUCUCUCGAGAGCUUGCUUCCUGGGAUUGUCUCUCUGCUGGGUGAUCCAAGGUUGUUGGUGAGAAGCUGUUUGAAGUUGGGGGCUACCUGUAAGCAAGGAAAGGCCUGCCACCCAAAGCCUGUGAAGAGUGGCUAGCUCUUAAAGAUCAGAAAAUAAUGGCAAAAGAACUUCAAGACAUAGUACAAAAAUGUCAAAUACUAAAUGAGGAGGAAUUUAAAGGGGGAGAUUUUGACCGCUUCCAAGGUGCAGGAAAGAAGUGCUUGGAGGAAGGAUACAUAGUUGAAUUAUUAGAAAUAAUUCUAAAUGAGAAAAACAAGGUUAUUGUCAAAUGUAUGGGCUGGAACCUUGUGGGUCCUCUGAUCAGAUGUAUUCUUGAAUAUAAAGAAGAUGACAUUGAGAGAGACUGCUGCCUGAAAAUACUACACAAGUUGGUGGAGCUGUGCAACCCAAAAGAGCUUGUUCUGAGUUUUCUGGAACAGAUUGAACAGACAUCCAAGGAACGGAUGUCCCAAACUGUUUUGCUUGUUCUUAAACCUCUGCAGAAAGUGCUUCUGAAACUUCAGAGGAAUAAAGCAUAUUCAAUGGGGUUGUCACUGUCUACCAUUCUGAACCAGCUCUCCCUUCUGCCAGUACCUUACACAGUACAGCAGCUGCAAGAAGACAGGCAUGGCCUCUGCCACUGUUGUAAUGCUUUAACAGAUUUUGUUAACCCUUUUGUGGGUGAAGUUGUCAGAGGAAUGGAGGCCUCAUCAGAUAGAGAUUGCAAAGAUCUGAAAGAGGAAUUGUUAAGAUUUUGUCUGAAGAGCUUGAAAUAUCCCUUAUUAAUGGCAGACUUUGAACAACUGCCUGAAGAUACUAUCAAGCAUCCCUUAAGGCAGUUUGCUGCUGACAUACUAGGCAUUUUGCUGGAUAUUAGAGAACUGAUUCCCAAAGUAGUCCCUCAACAUGGAUGCAGAAAUCAAACCUGGGAUAAUGAGGGCUUACUGGAAAUAGACCAAGAACAGUCAGCAGAUUCUUUGGCAUGUCUAUCUUACGUGAUCUUUGUUCAGGACUUUGGAAUGAACUAUUUUCCAUUAGUUUUCCACCCUUCAUUCAUUCUGCAGUGUAACAUGGUGCAUGUUCAAGUUCUGCUGGAAAGGAAAGAAGAAUCCGUGUUAUCAAAAGGACUUGAUCUGUUGGAGAGUUGUCUGCUGAGGCUAGAAGAUAAUAGCCUUUUCCUUCAGUACUUGGAGUUCAAAGGCUUUAUUACAAUACCUCAGGAUUUAGUAAAAGUGAUGACACUGUGUCCUUUUGAACCUCUGAGAAAGAAGAGUUUAAAGAUUUUACAGCUGUAUAUAAACAAGUUUGGGGACGAAGGAAAAUACACAUUGUUCAGAUGUCUUUUGAAGACCAGUAACCAUUCUGGUGUGGAAGCAUACAUUAUCCAAAAUAUUAAAAAUCAGAUUGAUUUAUCCUUAAAGAGCGCAAAGGGUAGUAAAUGUUUUACUGGACUCCAGCUGAUUUCACUGUUAGACAUGGUACUCUCACUUCCUGAAGGAGCUGAAACUGAUCUUCUUCAGAACUCAGACAGGAUUAUGGCGUCUCUAAAUCUGUUGAGAUAUUUAGUCAUUAAGGAUAAUGAAAAUGACAAUCAAACCUGUGUGUGGACAGAACUUACCAAGAUUGAGCAAAAUUUCUUAAAGCCCUUACACACUGGACUCAAUAUGUCAAGAGCACAUUAUGAAGCUGAAAUAAAGAAUAAAAGAGAGAACAAAAGAGAGUCUCAUACUUCUAAAACAAUUUGCUCUGUAUCAGUAGCUGGGGAAAAGAUGCCUACCAUGACAACUGAAAUGGAACUUCAGGUUCUUCACUCGGCUCUCUUCACAUUUGACUUAAUAGAGAGUGUCCUGGCCAGAGUAGAAGAACUCAUUGAAGCAAAAACAAAAAUAGCACCUGAAGAAAAUACUGGGGUCAAAUGAAACUUUGCCUCCCAUAUCUCAAUUAUGUUUCACAUUAUGCACUUCAUUCUGACUUGAACAACCAAGCAGGAAGCUUUAAUUAUGUGCAAAAUAGUAGGCACACAGGCUGCUAGAAGAAAAGGCCCGGGACAUUUUUGUUCUUUUUUUUUUUUUGUAUUCAUCUUGACAAUUAAAGGAAGUUUUUUGUAUGUAUUAAAAUGUUAACUGUGUUGGCAUAGUUGCAACUUAUCUGUACAGUAUGUUUAGCUUUAAUUUAAAAAACAAACACUGACCACUGUUUCUGGCUGACAAAACUGUUACUGUGACAUAAGGGAUAUGUCUGCAAAAAUAAGCAGGGAUGGAAACAAGCCCUUGAUGGAAAUUGGAGCAACAUGUUUUCCUUAAUGGAUAAGGGAACAGAGCUCCAGAAGGCUGUGUCAUGUGCCUUUAAUAUCCAGUUUAGAUGUUGCUGCCAAAAAUACAUCCUUUGCAGAAUUCCAAGCUAUCAAUAUAUCUAAUUAUCAAUAUGGCCGUAUUUGCAGAUACUUAAAUCUGCAGAUUGUGGCCAUGUAGAGAGAGAGGAGAAAUUUCUACAAGAUUAGGGGAAAGCCAAAAUGUUAACAAAAAUGGAUUAAAUUCCAUAAAACAGAACAGCAUUGUGCCACGUGCAGAUCAUGCAUCUCUAUUUGUCUCAUGAUGGAAGAGGUAGAUGGAUGGCCACACCUGGGAAAUGCCACUACAGGCAAGCAGAGCAAAAGGGACAAAAAUCCCUCCCCCCCCGGUCACCACUUGAGCCACAGAGGUAGGCAGGGGAGGUGCAGGAACCACAACAGUCUUGUGAGCAGUAGUAGAGACAGUAAUGCCCACAGCUGGGCAGGGGAGGAGUGGGAGUCUUAUGGGUCCCUCACUUGUACUGCAUAUUUUCCAGAUUGUUUCAAGGAAAAAGCAGCUUCAGAAAAAAAAAGAUUUGCAACGAUGUAAAUUCCUUUAUUUUUGUUAUUUCCUGUCCCCAGCACAGUAAGGAUGCAAUCAUGGGAAGUGGUGGAGGGGACCAAGAUGUGCCUGUGCCACCGGUAUAGAAUACUUUCUAGCAGGAAGGGAAAGCAAAUCUAAACUCAAGAACUGGUUCAGAGAGGGGUUUUUUCAGUGAACCUGAACUAAACUUUGAAUCAGAAUUGAUCCCUUAAAAAUGGAAGACAAUCCAAAAUAAAAGAAUCUCCUGAAUGCCUGACUACUAACUAACCUCUUGAGGGUCGGUGCAGGCACCUCUCAGCUUCAGCUGUAUUUGGAAUAAGUUUAUUUUCCAGUGAGCUAUCUGAGAAGAGGUGCAGGAGCAGGAGAGACUGGUAGAGAAAACCUAGGACUGGUAGUCCUGGUAGUAUAGUUUGCCAACCCAUAAAGCUGCAAGUCAUUUAGAAGCCUUCAGGUUCUUAAAGCUUUCUGUAUAUCCUUGGCACUACUGUACCUUUGUGCUGCUAUUCUACCAUAUCUAAGUUAAGUUAUUUUCAUUUUUGCUAAAUCAGUGGGGCUUCUUGAAAGAAAAGAUAGAGCCAUAGGGAGAUUAUAUUUAAAAGGCAGGGCAAGUAUGAGGAGAGGAGGAAAAGGAGUUCAAUUUGAAAGAUAAGAUGAUAUUUAGCUGUUUAGUAAAGUAAUAGCUUUGUUAUUUAGGCCAAAGCUUCCCUGGGUAGCUAGGCCUAAAGCUUAGUUUUCACCUCUGGCCUCUUUCUGAGAAUUUUCUCCUAAAAUAAUGUAAUUUUGUAUUGACUGCUAGGAGUGUGCAGCAAAAAAAAGGGUAUCAUUUGGAUCCAAGUAUUAGGAAUGCCAUAAAUAUUUGGUAUUCCUGAUAAUUCGGGUCCAAAAAUACUGGCAUAUUUAUCUCCAUUAUUCCCUAUGGUGAAAUCUUUCCCAUUAUUCCCUAUCAGGAAUAGGGAAUAAUCUUUCCGGAGUGCUGGAGGGGCUGUUUUUCAAGCAAAAUUACAUCAAAAUAGUCCUGCCUACCCACUAAAGAACCCCAAUGUUUUAAGUGAAUUCUACAGGCCCAGAACAAGCUUUUCCUAGCUACUCUCUUUUAUUUCCUGGGGGAGGGGGUGGGAAUCAAGGCUUUCUUAAGGACACAGGAAACCUUAGCCAACAUGCAACAGCAACCAAUGACCAAAUGCUUCCCAAUGCAAACAGAACCAACAAAGCCAAACAGAACCAAUGUCAAACCAGAGAAUCCUAGCAUCCAAUCUAGCAAACCCGUAAUACCAAGUCAGAAGCUAGACCUAGUAAUGGUAUAUGUCAAGCAAGGAAAACAGGCACAGGUAAACACACAGUAAGGCUGCCUCCUUUCCCCCCUCCUCUUCCUGUUGCCUGGGAAACUUGUAAAGGGGAAAAACAAGCAGCUGCAAAUUUUAAAAUGCAAUUUCUGGAUAUUCCUGAAUAUAUCCAGACAAUUCGAUAUUGUAAAUACCAGUUUAUCCGAAUAUGCUGUAUAUACCCCCAAAUUCUGAAUAGUUAUUUUUCAGAUAUAUAUUUGGUAUUCCUGAGCCAAAUUUCACACCCGUGUUGACUGCCUGACCUUGGUUUUGUGUUUGUGUUUUUAUUUGUUUUGUUUUUUUAGGUUUUGGUGGUAGAUGGUGCAGAAGCUAUGGUUUUUUAAAAUAAAACUUGAAUUCUCCCUAGAAGCUAACAUGACAAAACUUAGGCUGUCAUACUUUGGUCACAUCAUGAGAAGACAAGACUCUCUGGAAAAUAAUGCUAGGAAAACUGGAAGGCUGUAGGAAAAAAGGAAGAAAGACCUAAAAAAGAUGGUUUGACUCAGUAAAGGAAGCUACAUUCUCCAGUUUGCAAGAUCUGAGCACGCAUGCAUGUGCGCAUGCGCACACAGGCUGCUUGACCUUGUUUUUUUGAUGUGUAUGUUUUUGUUUUGGUUUGCAGGUACAUGGUGCAGAAGCUAGGGUUUUUAAAGAACUAUUUUCUGUAUAAAGAAAAUUAUGUUAAGAAAGACCUAGGGAAGAAAAGGAAUUGCAAUAUUGUUAAUAUUUCAUAUAGUUCAGUAACUAGCUUCUAUACCAGAAAAUUGUAAACAAAGCUUAUUUUAAAACAAGCAAGCAAUAAACAUUCAUUCUAUUCUUGAAGGAAAGUCUUCUCUUAAAGUAGCCAGAGGGGAAAAAAUUGAGCCUAACCAUCCAAGAGGCCCAAGGCAAAGUAAGCAAAUGGUUUAUAAAAUAAUUAGGUUAAAAAUGCUAAAAUGUUUCUACUCCUACCUCACAUUUCAAGUGGAGCAUCCUUUCCUGCUCAUUUUACACAUUUACUUUGCAAAAAAACGGUGUAAUUCUUCAUGAAAUGUGUUUAAAGCAGUUCAAUGUGUUUGAACCAGUUACUGCACCACAGGUGAAAAAUACAUCUGAAUCAGAAUUCAAAUUAUGGUUUGACUUCUUGCUUUCUAGUUUCUAGCACAGAAAUUGAAAUGACCGAUAUUGCCUGAUUGUUUCGGGACUGGGACUUUGGCAUAAAAGAGCAUGGCAUAUAACAAUGUUGUAUCACAUGCUGGACAGCAACUACUUGACUAACAUCUUCUGGCAGGGGAGUGGAUUGGAUCAGCCCUCGGAAGGAAGGCCACAACCUACAGUAUGUUAGUACUGUCCCCUUGAAUAAAACCUGAAUGUGAAUUGAUACUGCAAAUCAA